UGACAUCUUCCUCGCCAUGACAGAGACUUUUAUCGUCAUCACUCAUAUAUCAAACACCAGGACAUGCCCAGAAACUCAAAAGAAAAGCUUGAUCACCAUAACAAUGUCUUCCUUCAAAUUCUCUGAUAAUCUUCUUUUUCUAUCCAUGUUUUGCUUCUUUACCCUCCUGCAAAAAGUUCUCUCCCAAGCACCUCUCGCUCAUAACUGUCCAAACACAACUACUUACACUCCGAACAGCACAUACGCAGACAACCUGAACUCUCUACUCUCCAAUCUCACUUCUAACGCCACCGGAGACACCGGGUUUUACAACUUCACUUCCGGCCGAAACCCACCUGACAUGGCCUACGGCCUCUUCCUCUGCCGCGGCGAUGUCACCGUAAAUGAUUGUCGAGAGUGUGUGGCGAGUGCUAGUACCGAAAUUCUCCGGCGAUGCCCAAUUGAGAGGCGAUCAACGAUUUGGUACGACAACUGUUUGAUGCGUUACUCCAACGAAUCUAUCUACUCCAUUCCGGAUAUGUCAGUGGGUAUAAUUUUAAGUCAAACUCAGAAUGUUACAAAUCAAGAAGAAAUGUUUAAUCAGGUGUUGGGGGCUUUGAUGAGUGACAUAGCCACUCGGGCUUCGAAUGAUCAAUCGGGGAAGAAGUUUGCGACCGGAGAAGCCAACUUUACCGCACUGCAAAAUCUUUCUGGACUUGGGCAAUGCACACCUGAUUUGUCCAUUUCUCAAUGCAAUACUUGCCUUCGAAAUGGAAUCUCAAGUCUCCCAAUAAAGCAAGGGGCGAGAGUUCUGUUUCCAAGUUGUAAUAUUAGGUAUGAGAUGUACCCCUUCUUCCAAGCUGUAGCUCCUCCACCAGCCUCUCUUCCUCCUCCUCCCAGUUCUCCAAGCAGUGAAGG